UAGAGCAACAAGAUGGCCGCGGUGGCAGCUCCGCACCUCAGCGCGACGGCCCCGGGAGCCGCAGCCGCCGCCGCCGGCCCUGCCGCCCCGCAGCCCUGAGCGCCGCCCCGGCCGCCCCCACCGCCCCUGACAGGGCCGUCCCUGCGCCUGCCGCGCUCCUGCCGCCGCCGCAGCGGGCCCGCCCGAGCCGGAGGCGGAGGGAGCGGAGCCGGCCGAAAGCAGAGCGCCGAGCGCAGCCGCCGCCACCUCGGAUCCCGGGCCGCGCCGGAGCUGCCGUCCCGCCCGCUGGUGCGAGGAGGAGGGCGCGUCGCGGCGUCGCCGGGGCCGGACCUGGACCCGCUGGGACGCGUCGCCGCCCACCCGCCCGCGCCGCCGCCGCCGCUCGCGCCGGGACCUGAGCCCGCGGCGCCGGCGCUGAGCGGGCCCCCGCCGCCCGAGCGCCCCGCAGGCCCCGGGGCGGCUGCCCGAGUGGUUUUUGCCGCCGCCGCCAGGCCCGCGCCGCCGGAGCCCCGCCGAGGAGCCGCCGCCGCCGCCGGGGACGGAUCCCAGGGAGAAAGAACAAGAAACACAAAAAGAGGAACGUUUGAUGGAAGAAAAGAAAAAGAAAAAGCAGGAAGAAAAGAAAAAGAAGGAAGGUGCUCAGAAAAAGGCUGCUGAUCAAAAAACCAAAGUGCCAGAACCUACUAAGACCUGUUCAAGCCAGCCCCAACCUGCCGGGACCAGUACCAGUACUUCCACCAGCACUCUCUCCAGCAGCAGCAAUGGCAAACGUGCGUCUGCCGGCGGCCAGCAGCCAGCUGCAUCCCGUUACCUGCCUCGCGAGGUGCCUCCACGCUUCCGCCAGCAAGAACAGAAGCAGCUGUUAAAGAGAGGUCAGCCACUGCCCACGGGGGCUCUGGCCAGCGUGAGCCCCGCCCAGGGUGCUGGGCCUGCAGGGCUGAGCCCUCCGCCGCUACCUGGAGCCGGAGCACAGCCGCACCCCAGCAAGCCCCAGCCAGAAAUCGGCCACAGCGGGCUGGCAGAGCAUUAUGAAAGUUCCCACUGGGGACAGCAGCCCACUUACAGAAGCGAAGCCAACGGCAGCUGGGAUAAAGUGAUAAUAGACAGGACCGAUAAGGAGGCGUGGCCUUCCAUCACGGGAACAGAGGCUGAGUCUGCCUCAGAAUGUACGACAGACACUGACUGUACCUCCAGCUGUGGCUCAGAGAACAGUAGCAUGGCUACAGGGAGUGCCCAGGGCAGCUUCACUGGACAUACCAAGAAGACGAACGGCAAUAAUGGCACCAAUGGCGCACUCGUCCAAAGCCCUUCUAAUCAGAGUGCCCUUGGGGCGGGGGGAGCCAACGGUAAUGGAAACGCAGCCAGAGCGUGGGGCGUAGCCACGGGCUCCAGCUCCGCCCUGGCUCACUGCUCCCUCAGUGGUGGGGAUGGAAAGAUGGACAACAUGAUCGGAGAUGGGAGAAGUCAGAAUUGCUGGGGUGCUUCCAACUCCAAUGCUGGCAUUAAUCUUAACCUUAAUCCCAAUGCCAACCCAGCUGCCUGGCCUGUACUUGGACAUGAAGGAACUGUGGCGACAGGCAACCCUUCCAGUAUUUGCAGUCCAGUCAGUGCCAUAGGUCAAAACAUGGGCAACCAGAAUGGGAACCCAGCAGGCACUUUAGGUGCUUGGGGAAACUUGCUGCCGCAAGAGAGCACAGAACCACAAACGUCCACUUCUCAGAAUGUGUCUUUCAGCGUACAACCUCAGAACCUUAACACUGAUGGACCAAAUAACACUAACCCCCUGAACUCUUCACCAAACCCUAUCAAUGCAGUGCAGACAAACGGACUGCCAAACUGGGGCAUGGCUGUUGGUAUGGGGGCCAUCAUCCCGCCCCACCUGCAAGGCCUUCCUGGUGCUAACGGAUCAUCAGUUUCUCAAGUCAGUGGGGGUGGCAGCGAAGGAAUCAGCAGUUCUGUGUGGGGACUGUCCCCAGGUAACCCUGCCACAGGAAAUAGCAAUUCUGGGUUCAAUCAGGGGAAUGGCGACACUGUGAACUCAGCAUCAAGUGCUAAGCAGAAUGGCUCUAGCAGUGCUGUGCACAAGGAGGGAAACGGAGGGAACGCGUGGGAUUCGGGACCUCCUGCCGGUCCUGGCAUCCUCGCCUGGGGACGGGGCAGUGGCAACCAUGGCGUCGGUAACCUCCAUUCGGGAGCUUGGGGCCACCCCAGCCGAAGCCCCUCUAACGGGGUGAACGGGGACUGGGGAAAGCCCCCAAACCAGCAUUCCAGUAGCGACAUCAAUGGGAAAGGAUCAACAGGGUGGGAGAGUCCUAGUGUCGGCAGCCAGAAUCCUGCCACACAGCCUGGCAGCGAACACACGAACUCUUGGGCCAAAGCUGCGUCUUCUGGAACGACAGCAAGUGAAGGAAGCAGCGACGGUUCUGGCAGCCACAACGAAGGAAGCGCUGGGAGGGAAGGAACAGAAGGCCGAAGGCGAGACAAAGGGAUUCUAGACCAAGGGCACAUCCAAUUGCCAAGGAACGAUCUUGACCCAAGAGUUCUGUCUAAUACUGGUUGGGGACAGACUCCAGUAAAGCAAAACACUGCCUGGGAAUUUGAAGAAUCCCCAAGGUCUGAGAGAAAGAAUGACAAUGGGACAGAGGCCUGGGGUUGUGCAGCUACUCAGCCUUCAAACUCAGGGGGGAAGAACGAUGGGUCCAUCAUGAACAGUACAAAUACCUCUUCAGUAUCGGGGUGGGUCAGCUCACCACCUGCUGCUGCGCCAGCAAACACAGGUUGGGGAGAUAGCAGCGGCAAAGCGCCAAGUGGCCCCGGGGUUUGGGGGGACACGAUAAGCUCUACUGCUGUUAAUAAUGCUGCUGCGGCCAAGAGUGGCCACGCUUGGAGUGGGACCGUAAAUCAGGAGGACAAGUCACCCACCUGGGGUGAGCCUCAAAAACCCAGAUCUCAGAACUGGGGAGAUGGACACAAAUCGAAUCCAGCCUGGAGCGCAGGCGGGGGAGAUUGGGCAGACUCGUCUUCUGUCCUUGGACACUUGGGGGAUGGGAAAAAAAAUGGCUCUGGAUGGGAUGCUGACAGUAAUCGAUCAGGGUCUGGUUGGAAUGAGGCUCCCAGGUCCGGGACCAGUGGCUGGGGCAAUGGCACAAAUGCAAAGGUGAAUCCAGGGACAAGCUGGGGAGAGUCUUUAAAGCCCGGUCCCCAACAGAACUGGGCGAGCAAACCCCAAGACAGCAGCGCGAGUAACUGGGGAGGAGCCACUUCCGUUAAACAGACAGGAACAGGGUGGAUUGGGGGGCCGGUCCCUGUCAAACAGAAGGACAGCAGUGAGGCCACGGGCUGGGAGGAACCUUCCCCGCCAUCUAUUCGACGCAAAAUGGAAAUUGAUGACGGUACCUCAGCUUGGGGCGACCCGAGCAACUACAACAAUAAAACUGUAAACAUGUGGGACAGAAACAACCCGGGCAUCCAGAGCAGUGCCUCGGUCAGCACCACCACCAGCACCAGCACCACCACCGCGAGCACCAACGCCAACGUGGCCGAGGCGCCCCCGACGCACCAGGCCAGCGCCCAGCUGAACCGAUCGCCACUGCUCGGUCCAGUUUCGUCAGGCUGGGGAGAAAUGCCUAAUGUUCAUUCAAAGGCUGAAAACUCUUGGGGAGAGCCAUCCUCCCCUUCUACCCUGGUUGAUAACGGCACAGCAGCAUGGGGCAAGCCGCCCAGCAGCGGCAGCGGAUGGGGGGACCAGCCCACCGAGCCGGCGGUGACAUUUGGAAGAGCCGGCGCCCCCGCGGCCGCCCCAACCCUGUGCAAACCAGCUUCAAAAUCUAUGCAAGAAGGCUGGGGCAGCGGCGGGGACGAUGCGAACCUCGGUGCCGGUCAGUGGGAAGACGAGGACGGGGGCAUGUGGAACAACACCGCUUCCCAAGAAAGCACCUCUUCCUGCAGUUCCUGGGGGAACGCCCCCAAAAAAGGACUCCAAAAGGGCAUGAAAACAUCUGGCAAGCAGGACGAGGCCUGGAUCAUGACCCGGCUGAUCAAACAACUCACAGACAUGGGCUUCCCGAGAGAGCCAGCUGAAGAGGCCUUGAAGAGUAACAAUAUGAAUCUUGACCAGGCCAUGAGCGCUCUGCUGGAAAAGAAGGUGGACGUGGACAAGCGUGGACUGGGAGUGACCGACUACAAUGGGAUGGUCACCAAGCCCCUUGGCUGCCGCCCACCCAUCUCCAAAGAGUCUUCCGUGGACCGCCCCACCUUCCUGGACAAGCUCACGCUUUCUUUCCCCAAUCAGGAUGGCGGCCUCGUGGAAGAGCCCACGACUUCACCAUUUUUGCCUUCACCAAGCCUGAAGCUCCCCCUUUCCAACAGUGCACUCCCUCAUCAGGCCCUGGGCGGGAUUGCCUCAGGGCUGGGCAUGCAGAACUUGAAUUCUUCUAGACAGACACCGAGUGGCAAUCUGGGCAUGUUUGGCAGCAGCGGAGCAGCACCAGCGAGGACCUUGCAGCAGCCGCCACAGCCGCCCGUGCAGCCCCUGAGCUCCUCCCAGCCCAGUCUCCGUGCUCAAGUGCCUCAGUUUCUAUCCCCUCAGGUUCAAGCACAGCUUUUGCAGUUUGCAGCAAAAAACAUUGGUCUCAACCCUGCACUAUUAACCUCGCCAAUUAAUCCUCAGCAUAUGACGAUGUUGAACCAGCUCUAUCAGCUGCAGCUGGCAUACCAACGUUUACAGAUCCAGCAGCAGAUGCUACAGGCCCAGCGGAACGUUUCCGGACCCAUGAGACAACAGGAGCAGCAAGUUGCGCGCACAAUCACUAACCUACAACAGCAGAUCCAGCAGCACCAGCGCCAGCUGGCCCAGGCCCUGCUCGUGAAGCCGCCGCCGCCCCCGCCGCACCUGUCUCUGCACCCCUCUGCAGGCAAAUCGGCCCUGGACAGCUUCCCCCCCCACCCCCAGGCCCCCGGCCUCCCCGACCUGCAGACCAAAGAGCAGCAGUCUUCACCCAGCACCUUCGCUCCCUACCCUCUCGCUGGACUGAACCCAAACAUGAAUGUCAGCAGCAUGGACAUGACUGGUGGUUUAUCAGUGAAGGACCCGUCUCAGUCCCAGUCACGCCUCCCUCAGUGGACACAUCCCAACCCGAUGGAUAACUUACCCGGUGCUGCUUCUCCACUCGACCAGAACCCCAGCAAGCAUGGUGCUAUCCCUGGAGGUCUGAGCAUUGGGCCUCCAGCUAAGUCCUCCAUCGACGACUCCUAUGGCCGGUACGAUUUAAUCCAGAGCAGUGAGUCACCAGCCACUCCUCCUGUAGCUGUUCCCCACAGCUGGUCACGUGCCAAAUCUGACAGUGAUAAAAUCUCAAAUGGCUCCAGCAUCAACUGGCCCCCAGAGUUCCAUCCUGGAGUUCCCUGGAAAGGACUUCAGAAUAUAGAUCCCGAGAAUGACCCUGACGUCACUCCUGGAAGUGUCCCCACCGGGCCUACCAUCAAUACCACCAUACAGGAUGUCAACCGCUACCUCCUCAAGAGUGGAGGGUCCUCCCCACCGUCAUCUCAGAAUGCCACGCUGCCUUCCUCGAGUGCCUGGCCGCUCGCUGCCUCCGGCUACAGUCGCUCCCUCAGCAGCCUCGCGCCCGCUCCUAGUAUCGCAGGUAAACUGUCAGACAUUAAAUCGACGUGGUCCUCUGGCCCUGCCUCUCACACACAAGCCUCUCUGUCUCAUGAACUGUGGAAGGUGCCCAGAAACACUACUGCACCCACAAGGCCACCUCCAGGGUUAACCAAUCCCAAGCCUUCCUCCACCUGGGGAGCCAGUCCCCUCGGCUGGACCAGCUCCUACUCCUCGGGUUCUGCCUGGAGUACUGACACCUCAGGAAGGACAAGCAGCUGGCUCGUUCUCCGCAACCUCACGCCCCAGAUCGAUGGCUCCACCCUGCGGACGCUGUGCUUGCAGCACGGGCCUCUCAUCACAUUCCACCUGAACCUAACCCAAGGCAACGCCGUGGUCCGGUACAGCUCCAAGGAGGAAGCCGCCAAGGCCCAGAAGUCCCUGCACAUGUGUGUUCUGGGAAACACUACCAUCUUGGCCGAGUUCGCUGGCGAAGAAGAAGUGAACCGUUUCUUAGCCCAAGGCCAAGCACUGCCGCCCACCUCCAGCUGGCAGCCCAGCGCUGGGACCAGCCAGACGCGGCUGGGCGCCUCGGGCAGCUCCCACGGCCUGGUGCGCAGCGACACUGGCCACUGGAACGCCCCGUGCCUGGCAGGCAAAGGGAGCAGCGACCUGCUGUGGGGCGGGGUCCCCCAGUACUCCAGCAGCCUGUGGGGCCCCCCCAGUAGCGACGACGGCAGGGUCAUCGGAAGCCCCACCCCGCUGAACACUCUGCUUCCCGGCGACCUUCUCAGUGGGGAGUCCAUCUAGCCCGGAGAGGCCGCAUGGGCGCCGCAAUCAUCAGCACUAGGAAGAAACGCUGACCCUUUCCAGUCCGGGCGUCGCUGAGGACCCCGCUUGACCCGAGCAGCCCGGCAGCCCUUUCGAGUACCUCUGUCCAGUACUGAAGACGAACCUUGGCCGCAGUCCUUGCGAACUGUUCCCAAGACAGUGCGGGCUGCGCUGGGUCAGUGUCAUGUGUAAUGACAGGAUGCUUCUCACAGCUUUUUAUUUUGUGUCGUCUUAUGUUUGUAUGGUGUGUUGUCAUUUUGAUUUUUUAAGUAUAAAAGCUGCUUAGAAUAGUUCUAUCAUGAAGGGCACUUUUCAGAUUGUGGGCUGGAAA